AUGCAUUCUGCGAUAAUCUAUUCAACGAUCGUGCUUCUAGCAUCGAUCUUUUCAACGACUGUUACUGGCGAGACCCUUCUUGGCUGCGCGGCAAUUCAUUGUCCAAAUCUCUCACCUGAUCACGAAGAACCAUCAUGUCAGGUUCAGGAACAAGACCAUACUUGGGUUGGCAUUGAGACUGUACCGAAUCCGAUUGACGCCUCUGCUGGUAACUUCACAUGGACUCUUGGUGUGCAGCCUGAGCCUUAUCUGUAUGGUGGCCAUGUAAACACACCUGGUGUCACACGAUCGUUCUACCUUGGUACGCCUCCCGGGACCGAUUUGGCCAAUGCUAGCUACACAGGGUGUGCCCUCAUCUUCGACAGACCCGACAGUCAUGGCUUUGUUCUUCCGUACGGCUCGGGCGAUCCUACUCAAGUCACAUCCGAUUCUUGCAGCUGGGGGCUUGGUAUGGAUACUGGUGACCAAUGCCUGGAGGAUCUCCAAUCUGCCGCGCUCGAGAUUGCGGCCGCAGCGACAGAUGAGCAGAACAGUACAACGAUUUGCACAAACAUUGCCGACUCAAUAUCGAGAAAGUCACCAGCCUCGUGCUCACGAUUGCAACAGAAUGACAUCUACCCUUACACAGUCUAUCCAGUAGUUCUCACUGGAUCUGAUGCCCCGGAACCUAUCUUACCUUCUACGAACGCAUCGUCAAAUUGCUGGCCGACACUUCCGAAAACAAAUGAGCUCACUCCUCUCUACUCAUUCAACUAUAGCACCAAUAAAAGCUUUUCAUGGUUUGCAUACAGUCCAGUAAUGAGCUUGUUCUUCGAUACGGAGAACUCGGCGUCGUCUUCUGAUCGUCUACGACAGUCUUCUUUCCAUUGUCUAAAGGCUAUCGACUCGAACGACUUUGCUAAUGCUAUCGAGACAAAUGGUUCGGGCAUGGAGAGUGCGGCCGGGCGUGGAGGCAGUAUCGGCCGGGCUGCUAGUCUUUUGACGAUAGUAACCAUGACUGUUAUGUAUCUUGUAGCUUAG